AAUGGCGACUUCCAUGCGCACAUGAUCUCGCUGAACAUGUCAGUCGUGUGAAUAUGUAAUGCUGAUCGUCUGUGUGCUGACGCGCCUGCUGUAUUCAACCGAACAACCUUUAUCACGAUUUAUCUCUAAGAUGAGCACUUUUGUCUCUCAUGCAAAUCCAGUUACAGGCAAAAUGGACUGGAUCAUGCAAGACGAAAAUUAUGAUUACCACCAAGAAAUAGCCAGGUCAGCUUAUGCAGAUAUGCUGCAUGACACAGAGAGGAACCAGAAGUACUAUGAUGCUUUGAAAAUAGCCAUCAAGAUGCUACAUGAUCAAAGGCAAAAAGCCCAUGUCCUUGACAUUGGAACAGGAACUGGUCUUCUGUCCAUGAUGGCCGCCUCAGCUGGGGCUGACUCUGUAACUGCAUGUGAGGCAUUCAAACCCAUGGCAAAGUGUGCUGCAAAGAUUAUGCAGAGAAAUAAAUUGGGGGACAAAAUUAAUCUCAUUCCCAAGAGAUCAACUGAACUGACAGUAGGUCCAGAUGGUGACAUGCACAUGGGUACAAUGAGUGAAGCCCACAGAGCCAAUGUUCUGGUCAAACUCAGUCAAGCCUCAUUGGCGGAAGUGUUUGGAGCCAUAGGAACAUUCAACCAUGCUCACAAGGAACUGCUAGUGGACGACUGUAUUGUCAUCCCCCGAGCCGAUAACAUGUUCGCACAGCCGGUGUCCUCGGACUUGAUACGACGCUGGAACCAAAUUGACACCUCCACCAUUGAAGGCAGCGUUCCAGGUGCAGUGUCGCGGUGUGGUGGAGCGCCGUCCCUGCACGACCUCCAACUGGACCAGAUACCAGAACAGCAGUUCACACCGCUGUCGACGCCAUUGAAGGUGUUUAGGUUUGACUUCAACUGUAAAGGAGGUCUGAAGCCUGACCGGAGGAGUGAAGUCAUAGUGUCUGCAGACAGUGAUGGAGCAGUGGAUGCUGUCUUCAUGUGGUGGGACUGUGAGAUGGACCCCAAAGGGGAGAUAACUCUUAGCUGUGCACCUCGAUGGGCCCAUCCAGAUGGAAGCAAUUUGCCGUGGCGGGAUCACUGGAUGCAGGCUAUCUACUACCCCAGCAAUCCCUUACCUGUGACUAAGAGUGAACCUUUCACACUUGUCAGUUGCCAUGACGAAUACAGUCUCUGGUUUGAUGCCACUAAGCAAGGAGAUACAUCACAGGUAUUGGAGCGGCCAUUGUGUACCUGUGCUUUCCACACGACUCUGAGUCGGACACGUAUCGGGAUGAUGGGUGACCCACACCGAGUUAGUAUCCUCAAGGCUGCUCUGAAGAAGCAUGUAAAGGAGACCAGUGUAUGUCUGUGCAUCAGCGAUGGAAGCCUGCUGUCUGUGAUGGCCGCCUCAAGAGCAAGGAAGGUGUUUGUGAUUGAGACGAACCCCAUGUACAAGAAAAUCACUGAUACUCUCAUCCAGCAUAACAGUCUCAGAGAUCGAGUCACUGUCAUCGACAAACAGCCACAUGAGAUUAACCGGAAUGACCUGGACAACCUGCAGGUGGAUGUAGUUGUAGGCGAACCCUAUUUCUCCUCCUCCGUGUUGCCGUGGCACAAUGUGCACGUGUGGUACGCCAUUUCCGACCUUGAAGCUCACCUUGCUGCUGAUGCUGUCGUUCUGCCAGGGAGGAUGGUGAUAAAAGCUGUCGCUAUGGACUUUGACCACCUGUGGAAGAUUCGGGCUCCUGUCGGUGUCUGUGAGGGCUUCGAUAUUACAGAGUUUGACCGAUUAAUUGAAAGUUCGUCUGAUAUAUCGGACAGUAACGUUGAGCCACAGCCGCUGUGGGAGUAUCCUGGCAAAGCGCUGUCCUCCGCUGUUGAUGUCGUCCAGCUUCACUGCAAGGACUUGAAGGGGAAGAGUGUUGAAGCCAGUGUGGAACUACAAAUAGAAACGAAUGGCUGCCUGAAUGGUAUUGCUCUGUGGACAGAGUACGAAGUUCAGGGACACAGGGACCGUGACCACGGGUCCACGAACAAGUCUCCGAGUCGGGGAGAAUGUGGACUGGGAUUACUACACUAGGCAGGGAGUGCAUCUGCUGAAAACUCCUCGCAUCGUCAGUGCCGGACACACCAUCUCACUCCAGAUCCAGUUUAACCCACAAACAGGGGAAUUUGACUUCUGUUUUAAAACUUGAAUGUGGUUUGACGGUUCAAGUAAGGUCCAAUAUAUGAAGGGAACAAGCUGCUAAAUAUAACUCCAUAUUUUACCCGACUGUUUUGUUAAGUUAUUUUUGUUUAAGUGUUUUAUUAACAGCAGGCUGUGAUGAGCUUCAAAGCUGUAGGAAUUAGGACCAAGAAUGGAGUCUCAAGUCAACGAUCAAGACGAGAAGAGCUGGACAAAAAAGGGCUGCCGACAAUAUCAACAUCAUUUUAGAAUUGAGCAAAACUUUUAAAAAUGUGAAAUAGAACUUGACUUUUCAUUUGUUUUAACAACCACAUGAUUGCAACAACAUCAAAAGCAUAGAGAAGGCUGAAAUAUGUCCAAAAUUAAUUGGUACAAUGUGCGAAGGUACUUUCUGCCACCCCCUUGUGAUAUUAUUGCUGGAAUAUUGCUAAAAGUGGCAUACGACCACACCAACUCAAUCACUGGUCAACACAUAUCAGUUUGAGAUGAAAGUCCAACUGUCAUUCAUAUGAUCAUAUCUGAUCUUUCAUCAUAAUUUCCAGUAACAUAUGUUAAAUUUGGGAUUACACUUUCUUAGUAAAGUACAGAUUCUAGUACUUUUGUCGGGUUGACGCAAGGGUACACUUUGGAUAUAUCCAUCACUAUUCACAGACCCCUAUUUUUAUGUUUUUGUUUUCAUGUAUAAAUAUCUCUUCGAUGGCCAGGCAGCCAAGACUUUCUGGGUCAUCUGCAUAUAUGCCUUAAUUGUCUGUCAUUAUGUCAAGUGGUAAAGUUGUGUAAUUGACUGUCAUCCAAGGUGCCCUGAUUUCCAUGCAGAGUUACAUCCCUUGGUUGUACCAGGAACAUGACCAUGGGUUAGAAUCUCAGGUGAGCUCUGAUUUAGGUUCGUCAUCAUCCAGUAUGAUCAAAUUAGGGGAGGUGGUAAAUCAAGUAUGAAAUAUGUCUGAUGGUUAGGUUUUAUUGUCCUGUCAUUGUAACUUUAUCAAAAUAUAAUGAUGGUAUAAAAAUGAUAUUCCUCCGUGA